UACGUUUCAAGCUUUAGGGUUCAGAGAUCUGGAACCUUUGGGUCUUUCUUAGAUAUUAUGGAGUUGGUCUGGCGGUGCAUCCUGCAAAAACAACUUGAUAGACUUUUCUCUAUCAUUCUUGGCUUCUUGUCAGCUUCUAUUCUUUUAGCCGAGGCCACUAUACUGCCUAGCGGAGUAGACUUGUCUCUGUUUUCGAAUCUUAUAAAAUUGGUUGGGAAACAUGAGGUGCUUGUGCAGGGGUUUGCUUUUACUCCUCUCGUGUAUAUGUGUGUCUGCACAUACUACUCUCUGUUCAAAUUUGGAACAUUAACGUUUUUCUCAUUUACACCGAGACAAACAAGCUCAGUUAGCUUGCUUAGGAUAUGUGGGCAGGUUGCAAGAUAUGCAGCUCCUAUUUCAUACAAUUUUCUCAAUCUUAUCCGGCUUCCUAAAAGUGUCAAAACCCGCAAGACAGUUUUUGAAAAGAGAAUGGGGAACAUCGAUGAUGCUGUGCCCUUCUUUGGUAGACGAUUCAAUAAAAUAUAUCCGCUUAUCAUGGUUACGUACACCAUAUUGAUCACCAGCAACUUUUUUGACCGCAUUGUGAGUUAUCUUGGAAAUUGGAAAAUAUUUAGUUACCAAAGUGAAGCUGCUGAAAUUUUAGACGGGUAUGAUCCCUCUGGAGUAAUCAUAUUGAGGAAAGAACGGACUUGGCUUCAGCAAGGACAUAAAGUUGGCGAGCUUGUCAUUCCAUUGGCAAGGAUCAUUUACGACGCAAAUUCAGAUAUUGAAUCUGCCAGUAACAGCACGGUUGCGGUUGAUAAGAAAUCAAAUGCCAGUUCGAGUGGGGAUGGCGAAAUCAUUGGAAAGAAGUAUAAAGCUGUAAGAUCACAUCAGAAGGAAGAUGAGAUGGACCCAAGUUCAUCAGUGAACAGACCUUCUGUAGAAAGUUCAAAUGAUGGAGGUGACACUAGUAACACCACAAGCACAUCGCAGUCUAGGGUUACAGCAACCUGGGAAACCAUGAAGACAGGUUUCCAAAGUAUUAAGACCAAUAUUGAAGCCAAAAAAUUCCUAUAUCUACGUGAAUCGGAUGAAAAUAACCUCAAAGAGUCCCCAGAGGCCUCCAAAACUGAGUCCCUGGAUGAAAUAUUUGAUAAUCUGAAACGGCCUGCUCGAGACCGUAGAAAGUAUAGCAGUCACAUUGAUUUUGAUGAUUAUGGAAUGGAUAUCGACAAACAAAUUCCAAGAUAGUGAUAGCCUAAAACCAAUCAGACACAUACAUAUGUAUGACUAUGAGCACUAGUAAACUAAUUGUAAAUAUAUCAAAUACAGAUGAACAGAGAUCAGAGUGCCACUAUGCGUUAAAUAUCAAGACUGAAGUGCAUGAGGAUUAUCAGCAUUUGAUCAACAUACAGACAGAUUACACAGAAAUAUGUCAGUCAAGAAUCGGGAUGAGUUGAAAUUUUUUCUUAUGCACCUGCUAGAAAUGCUAUCGCGAAAUUAUCAUGAUCUUUUGUACUACAUAAAAACUGGUGAUCAAUUGG